AUGCAUUCUUUCUCUCCUCGUCACUCUUGCGAAUUCACUCUUAGCUGCGAUGUCCUUACAAUCCAGCGAGGCGAUCCUGUCAUCAGUCCCGGUGUCAUAAGUAAUCAUACCCAUGUCGUUGUCGGUGGCACUGCAUUCAAUCGUUCAAUGAGCCAAGAUGCGGCCCCCAAUGCACUAGGGACCACUUGCUCGGUAGCCAUUGACAGAUCCAAUUACUGGCAGCCACUGCUAUAUCAUAUACGAUCUGAUGGAGGAUUCGAAGCAGUGAACUUCCAAGGAAAUGCUGUUUACUAUCUACAACGUGCUUGUGACUAUGCGGAGAACCGAACCUCGUGUCCGUCUGGAUUCAUGCCCAAGGCGCCCCCGUCUGGGUUACGAAUGAUUUCUGGAAAUCCAUCUAUUCGGAACUACACGGAUACCUUCGCUCAGCGCGCUCAGUCACACAUGUGCCUGACAAGCUCAAACAGUGUUUAUACCAACUCUCUACCAACCCAAGCUUGUCUCCGAUUGCGUUCUCAAGUGUUCUUUCCAUCAUGCUGGGAUGGAGUGAAUCUCGACAUACCAAAUCAUACUCACGUGUCUUUUCCUGCGAUUGGCGAUUAUAAUACUGGCGUCUGUCCCUCCACCCACCCUGUCGCAAUAUUCUCGGUCUUCCUCGAAUUCUUCUACGAUACAUCGCCUUAUCCAGACUGGCAGAACCUCGUCUAUGCGAAUGGCGACAUAACCGGGUACGGAUUACAUGGUGACUUUGUGAAUGGCUGGACAGAUAUCAAUGCACUACAGAAAGCGUUUGAUACUUGUGGCAGUAAUGGAUAUUCUCUAGCAUCUCCAGGUUGCUCGAUUACGAAUGGAACUGUGCAAGGAGCAAAGACACAGCAAGUGCAGAUCCAGCCGCCAUAUGAGAAUUUAGGGUUGAAUGGAUCCGUGUCGCCAUUGCCAGGGCCGAACUUUGUUACAGGGAGCGUAGCAGACCGUACUGUAUAG